UUUGCAAUUUCCGUACAUUUUCGCGAUCUCCGCUUUUCCUCGGCUUCUUUCGUGAAGUACGCAUAUAUUGAUGACGUAGGGCAAACAACACAAUUUCCUCGUAAACAAAGAAAGCCAACAUGAGUUCGACGUCAUCAUCAAGCUCAAACAGCAUUUUUGACAGUCCUGUGCGUCUAGGAAAAAGGAGAGCCUCCCAAAGAAGAGCAUCCCCAAGCACAAGUGCCACAGAGAGCCCAAUUCGACCAGCUCGUGGCAGAGGAAGGGGCAGAGGAAAGGGCAAAGGUCCGGCUUCCCGAAAAGGCAAAAAAUCUGUUCGGGAAGCUGAUCCAAAUAGGGAUGAAGUUGCCCUUUCUGUCAUUCAAACAAGGAAAGACAGAUUUCGAGAAGACAUGAAGACCAUGCCAAGAGAACAGCUUGAGGAAAUAAUAUUGGGGGUCCUAGAUGAGAACCCUGGUCUUAUAUUGGACUUUCAUAAGCCAGUAGCCAGGGGUGAAGGUGGAUACCAUCCACCUGAGGGUGCUGAGUCACCAGACUGGUGUGUGUGUGGAAAAUGCAGGGAAAUGCCAACCCAGGCAGAGCGAAUAUGCUGCGAAAGGGAGCCAAGACACUGCUUUUCUCUACUGCCUGACUUCACAGUUCUUGUGCUGGACCCUGCAGUACUGAGACUGGCGAGACUGCAGCGAAGGGACAUUCUUCUGCUGGAUGAUGCUGAUGAAGAGGACCCGCACAAGGCCAACAGACAUGCUGCCUACAGACAAUAUAUACUGUGGGCACAUGGAAGGCUUGGAGUAGGCAACAGAAGAGUUAUUCCAUCAUGCUGUGUUUGGGCGAUCAGAGACAAGUACCCUAACCCCUUCCAAAUUUAUGUGGGUUUUGUUCCUGCCCGUCUUGUUUGAAAAGGUGUGACAUUAACCCUACAGCUUUGAAAGGCAUCAGCUUGAAUUAUGGUCAUGCAGGGCUUGUUUUCCUUCUGUAACAAGGGCCUUAUAAAGGCCCCUUCCCUAAGGAAACUUCUUUAAAAAAUCAUGCGUUUUACCUCAAAUAAUAUGCUUACUUUGGGAAAUGUGUUCCCCUUUUUCAUUUUUGUUGAAAAAAAUUUCCCCAAAAUUGAAGGCCAUGCCCUUUCCCAAAUCAAGAAAAAAAGCCCUGUCAUGUAUUGCAAAACAACAAAUCAUCAACUUUUUAUUUAUGAAACAUUAUCAUUUUGAAUAAAACAAUAUAAUAAAGUAUUAAUAAUAGUGAUUUUUGGUAAAUUAUAAAAUUAAUACAAAUUUUCUGUGUUGUAAAUGUGUCUCCCAAUAUUAUAAUGUUAACCCUUUACAUCCUGGGAAAUUUGUCGUCUGCUAAAAUGUGGUCUGCUGAAUUUCUAAAAUUAGCAUUUUCAUUGAUUUUUUUAAAGAAUACUAUCAGCAUAGCAAACAGUUUGGAUCCUGAUGAGACGCCACGUUCUGUGUCAUAUCAUCUGUAUCUAAACUGUUUGCAAAGGCCUUCAAAAUUCGGUUCCCGCACUGAGUCAAAGUAUUUUUAUUUUAUGUUUAUUUAAGUUGCCUUACUGUCUCUGGUAAGAUUGUAAACUUGCAAACUAUGUAAUAAAUUGGUCCAUUAAGCUUU